AUGGCUAGCACCUUCAUACCAGGGCUGCACCCUCAGAACCCUCAUUAUAUCCCAGGGUACACUGGACACUGCCCGCUACUUCGGUUCAGCAUGGGCCAGACCUAUGGGCAGAUGACUGGGCAGCUACUUCGUGGCUCUCCUGGCCUAGCCUGGACCCCUUCCCACCGCACACUUCUGCCUCCCAUCCGGCCUCCAAGAUCUCCCGAGGGUCCCAGGAAAAGCCUGCCUGUCAGGCGUGGACACAAAAGGCUCAGCUCCAGCAUGAUCCCUGGGUACACAGGUUUUGUACCCCAGGCACAGUUCAUCUUUGCCAAGAACAGCAGCCAGGUCUGGGCUGAGGCUCUGAAUGAUUUCACUCAGUGGUAUGGGCGACAGAGGAGUCAGGAGCUGCCAAAGGAGGCCAAGGGAGAGAAAGACGUGGAGGAAGACCAAGAGCCAAAGCUGGAGGCAGAGCUAGAGACGGAAAAGGAGCCAGAGCUGGGGCAGGAGGCGGAACAAACUUCCCCUUAUUCCAUGGAUGACAGAGAUCCUCGCAAGUUCUUCAUGUCAGGCUUCACUGGUUAUGUGCCCCGUGCUCGCUUCCUCUUCGGUUCCAGCUUUCCUGUGCUCAGCAACCAGGCACUGCAGGAAUUUGGACAGAUGAAGCCAGGGGGCAGAUCCCAGAAGGAUCCUAAACAUCUCCCCUCACUUUCCAGGACCUACCCUCAGAACCUGGGCCUUUUACCUAAAUAUGGGGGCUAUGUGCCAGGGUAUAAGUUCCAGUUUGGCCGCACAUAUGGGCAUCUCACCCAUGAUGCUCUGGGCCUCAGCACCAUCCAGAAGCAGCUCCUGGCGUAG